GUCUAUCUUCAUCGUCGUCUUCCUUUGAGUCCCUGGGACUGAGAGCACGCAUCGGCGAACGAUUCUCAUCUUCUCUUAUACACAACACUGGGUUUGAUUUAGAAUUCAAAGAUGUACAACGGAAUAGGGUUACAGACCGCAAGAGGAUCAGGAACUAAUGGUUAUGUUCAGACGAAUAAGUUCUUGGUGAGGCCUAGAACUGGUGGUAAGCCUGUUGGUAAAGGGUUUGAGGAUGAUCAAGGUACUGCUGGUUUAUCUAAGAAGCCCAAUAAAGCUAUCUUAGAGCACGACCGUAAGCGUCAGAUUCAUCUUAAGCUUGCUAUUCUUGAGGAUAAGCUUGCGGAUCAGGGUUAUUCGGAUGCUGAGAUUGCUCAGAAACUUGAGGAAGCUAGGUUGAAUCUUGAAGCUGCUGCUGCUGCUAAUGAAGAGACUGGUGGGACUGGGGACUCGAAGAUCUCUGAUACUCAAACUCAUCAGGUUGCUGCGAGGAAAGAGAAGCAGAUGGAAGCGUUUCGAGCUGCGUUGGGUUUGCCUGAUCAGCAGCAGGUGGCUGAAGAGGGUAUUAUUGAUGAUGAGCCAGCGGCUGAGGCUUAUGAAGGCAGAUUGAAAGAGAGGCGGGAACAUUCGUUUUUGGACCGAGAUAGUGGGAGGAAGAAGUUAGAUGAGGAAAUAAAUGAGAAAGAUGUUAAGGUUAAGGAAAGCAAGAAGCAGCGGGGUGAUGAUGACAUGGAGAAAGUUAAGCGCCACAAGAAAAAAGACAGCAAGAAGAGAAGACAUAGUGAGUCAUCAGAAGAGUCUGAUGAACAUGGACGUGACCGCAGAAGGCGCUCUAAGAAGAAGGCUAAGGGUCGUAAACAAGAAAGUGAUAGUGAAAGU